CGAUAAUGAAACUCGCGGGGGUCUUACUGUUAAUUACUGCUGUAGCCUUUUCGGCGAGAGCCGAACAAGCUCGGUUCGAUAACUACCGGGUAUACGAGCUAAGUAUCGUCACCAUGGAACAGUUGGAAGUGCUACAGUAUCUGGAGAACUAUCCCGAUGGAUACAUUUUCUGGGAAUCGCCGGUGCAGACCAACAUGGAGCUCAGUCUGGUUGUUCCUCCACACAAAUAUGCAGACUUCGCGGCAUUUACAGCCAAGUUGGGAAUGACACCGCGUUUGAAAAUCAAGAACUUCCAAGAAGUUAUCGAUAACGAACGACCGAACAAGAACAGACGUGAUGGAUUCGGUUGGACGGAUUACUACUCUGUGGCGGAGAUCUACGCUUGGUUAGAUUCGAUGGUUGCGCAAUAUCCAUCUAUUUUGACCAAAAAAGUUUACGGUCAAUCAUACGAGGGACGCGAUCUGGUAGCUGUGGAACUGUCACACAAAACCGGUAAUCCGGGAAUUUUCAUCGAAGCACAUAUACACGCCCGAGAAUGGAUUUCAUCCGCAACGGCAACGUGGCUGCUAAAUGAACUGUUAACGUCCACUAACAGCGCGGUUGUCGAUUUGGCUCAAAAUUACGAUUGGUAUUUCAUUAUGGUCUCCAACCCAGAUGGAUUGGAAUUUACCCGAAGCGAUAACCGAAUGUGGAGAAAAACACGCCAGCCGUCCAGUAUUCUGUGUUUUGGAACGGAUGGCAACCGCAACUUUGACUAUUACUGGAGAAACGGCGGAUCUUCGACGAAUGCUUGCUCAGAUACGUACUCUGGACCGACUGCAUUUUCCGAACCAGAGACUGAAAAAAUGGCCGAAUAUUAUGGAACGAUCGCUAGUAGAAUCAACGUCCAGUUUUCUUUCCAUUCUUACGGUCAAUAUCUACUAACUCCGUACGGUUUCACCGGUGCUCCCGCACCAGACAACAAUGCGGACUUGCAGCAAAUCGCACAAAUAACAGCAGCCGCGAUAAGAGAAACACACGGAACAGUUUACACGUACGGAAACAGUGCUCAAGUUCUAUAUGUGACCUCGGGUAGCACCAAUGACUAUUUCAUGGGUGUUCAUGGAACUAAACUGGCCUUCACUUUCGAAUUCCGAGAUACCGGUAGCUCAGGAUUCGCCCUGCCAGCCAAUCAAAUCAUUCCCAAUGCCCAAGAAACGCUUAACGGGUUGAUUGCGUUUGUCGCAGAAGCAAAAGCAUUAGGUUAUAUGUGAAAAUAAACGUUUUUUAAA